UGACUGCCUUCAGAGACAGAGUAGUAAAAAGGGGGUUGUUCAGGUCCUCCUCCGGCACUCUGCGCUUUAACCUUUAGCUGAUAAAGUCAAUUCUGUAGCAUCAGACUCUCUCUCACACACACUUCCUUCUCCCGUUACUCGGUGUGGGAGAGUUUGGUGUUUCCAACGUAUAUGACAAUGUCGUAUGUAACUUUAGAGACGGUCCCUUAAUUUCCGCGAAUAUCGAAUAUUGAAUAUCGAACGUACUUUAUUCCAGUGUUCUAGAACGCUAACUGUAAUUUACACACCGGGUUCCGCAGUGAUAUUCCGAGCUGAGGACGAGUCCGUUAUAACCGUUAUAACCGUUAUUUCUCCUCUGAAGAUUUUUACAUUUAAAUUCAGUAUUAGCUAUAUCUAAUUUUAGCCAACAUGAGAAGAUCUUGUGCCAUUUACGCCACCGGGAUUGUGUGCGCUCAUAUGCUCAUAGUGGGAAUCGCCCUGAUGGUGGCUCAAGUCUUCCAAACAAUGAUUCAGGAGAGGAUAAAAAAGGAGAUCACCCUGGGUGAAAACAGUCGAGUACUGGGUGGCUGGAUAAACCCUCCACCCCCAGUUUACAUGCAGUAUUUCUUCUUCAAUGUAACUAACCCUGAAGAGUUCUUGGCUGGCACGGCAAAGCCUCAUGUCACACAAAUGGGACCUUAUACAUACAGGGAAUACAGGCCCAGAGAGAACGUGACAUUCUUGGAAAAUGGCACCAAGGUCUUUGCCACGAAUCCCAAGAGUUUCGUGUUUCUUCCGGAAAUGUCUGUCGGAGACCCUGAGGUGGACCUCUUGACCACUCCCAACAUCCCAUUCAUAGCCGUCAUGAAUGAAAUGCAGUCCUAUUCUUUUGUCAUCCGCCCGUUGGUUUCUAUAUACAUAAAAUCUCUGGGUGUUGAAAUGUUCAUGACGCGCACCGUGCACGAGUUUCUGUGGGGUUUCAAGGAUCCACUGAUGGCUAAACUUCAUGCCUUGAAGCCUGAGGUGGAUGAAUACUUUGGCCUCAUGUACAAGAAAAAUGGAACCCAUGAAGGUGAAUUUGUCUUCCAUACUGGAGAGAAAAACUACAUGGACUACGGCAAGAUCGACACCUGGAACGGAAUAAGAAAGAUGACCUGGUGGUCAUCGGAGCAGAGCAACAUGAUUAACGGCACAGAUGGCAGCGUGUUCCACACCUUCCUGUCCAGAGACGAGCUGCUCUACAUCUUUGCUGCGGAUCUCUGCAGGUCGAUCCAUCUGGGAUAUGUGCAUGAUACCGAGGUGAAGGGGAUUCCAGCAUUCCGCUUCGCUCCUCCCCCCGAUGUCCUAGCUGCUCCGGAUGAGAAUCCCUCCAACGCUGGCUUCUGCGUGCCUGCUAAUCAAUGCCUGAGUAAAGGAGUGCUUAAAGUCAGCGUGUGUCGUGAAGGAGCACCUAUAGUUGUUUCAUUCCCACAUUUCUACCAAGCUGAUGAGAAGUACAUUGAUGCCAUUGACGGGAUGAGCCCAAACAAGGAAGAGCACGAAACAUACCUUGACCUUAACCCGACGACUGGGGUCCCUAUUCGUGCCUGUAAGAGAGCCCAGCUCAAUGUUAUCAUGAAGAGGGUACCUGGCUUCCCUCAGACACGUCUCCUGAACGAAACCAUCUUCCCUAUUAUGUAUGUCAAUGAGACGGCAACCAUCGAUGAUGCCUCUGCCUCCCAAAUGAAAACUCUGCUGCUGAUCAUAACAAUAGUGUCUAACUUCCCUGUCAUCAUUGUGGGCAUGGGUGCCAUUUUACUGCUCAUCUUCAUUUUCUUGGUGUGCAGGAACCGUCAAAGAAAGAAUGAAGUAAAACGUAUUGAUUUUACCGAAGCUUUUCAUUCUUUUGCUACGUCGAAAGACGAUACGGCCUACACUCCGGUCAGCAACAAAUCGGACGAGUCUCCUGAAUCCCACAGCAACCAGCCUCUGAAGAACGGCUCCUACAUCGCCAUGUCACCAGUGGAAGCUCAGAAGUGUUGAUAAAGAUCACUGUGUGGUGUUCCCGUUAAGGGGAUCCACAUGUGUGACUCUCUCUUCCGCUUUUCACCUUUUGAUUCUUUCCACUGUGCAACAUGUUCAGGCAGGUCAGCUCCUGGAAACACCACUGUCGAACAAGACACCACUUCUUUCUACAGCCGUCUUGAUGGACCCACCUUUCCUCUGCUGACGGUUUUUUUUUUUUUUUUUUUUCUUUCCUCUUUUUCUUUUUUUGCUGUUCAAGCAUGGCCUUCUCGACCUGCCAUAUUUUUUGACAAGAUUAAAAUCGUACUACUCGAAAACGUGCUGUUUAUCUAGUCAUGUCCUCCAGGUCUACUGACUCUGACACUAUUGUUGACUACACACAAAGUGAAUUAAUAACACCUGCUCGCCUUUUGGGACCAUAUGCCCAUGUGCAUGUUCACCAGUUUGUAGUUCCUGUUUAAACCCUGUUUAUUAGGACUGUGAACAAAGAGCAAGUGUUUUUGCGUGAACAUAUCCAGGCUGCUAGCAGGAGCCAUCUUGAACACCAGUGUUUGGGCCUUGGCAAGGCUGUUAAAAUGUACGAUGAAAGUUUAUUGCCACACUACUGUAUUGAAGUCUGCGCACCUGUGCGUUAGACUUCAUCUAACAAAGCUCUUUAUUUGCCAUAUCUUAACGUUUCCUAGAAUAUAAGGCAAACUUUAUUGUUUGUCUCAUCAAAGAGUUUUUAAAAAGCUAAAGGGUUUAGUGCAGUCAUGGUCGUGGGGUGUGAUUGUGUGCGUGUCUGGGGUUUUUGUAUAUAUGUGUAGAAAGGCAGGCAUGUUGGUGCUUGCGUACGUGCUGUGAGCUGAUUUCUGAAGAGCAGCGUGCUCUCUUAAGCAUCAUACAGUGCCAAGUAACGGUCACUAAAUUUCAAAGGUCCUUAGUAAAAAAGUUAAAAUGUCUGGAUAAACUGCCUGUAGGGUGCUCACUCCUUCAGCCUAUGCCCGAGUCAGAGGGUCUCCUCUUUUGUGCUGUGAAAACGAGCUUUCGUUCCUCUUUUCUGAAAGGAAAGGAAAAGCAAGCUUACUUAUCGCGCAAGUGAGACUUGAACCCGCUCUCUGCCUUACACGUGUGAGUUUGCUGUGCGAAUGGGCUUUUGUAAUAAAGUAGCGUCAGACCGCCUGCGAUCAAAUCCAGUCUGUAGUCCAAACAUCGGCAAGUCCUCAAUCAAGCCCUCGUGUCCUGUUUAAGGCGUCUAAUCUCCAACUCAGAGAAUGCACAACUAGAUUGACCUCCUUUACUCAGGCGGUUUGUUUACAGCCUCUUAUCUCUAGUGACUUUGAGGGCUGACGACUGAAAAAAUCCAGUUCUGUAUGUUGUGUGCACAUGUUACUUCAGUUCAUCUCUGUGAGGCAAUAGGCGAAUUAAGACCCAUGAUCGAUAGAUCUGGCACUUUGAAACACUGUAUGUCCUGUUGAAUUUGUUGCUGUUGAUUCUAUCCAUGAUGUUGAAACCUGAUGCAUUUGAGAAGAGAGUUUAAAUGCCAGAAAAAGUCUACUUGGCAAAGGGAAAAAAGUGCACUUUUGCUUUAAAAAAUGGUCCUGCACAUUUUGUGUAAUUCAGUGCAGUGGUCCUCACUUGCAUUUCAGAUACGUGCUCAAAUGUCAGUUUAUCUGUGUAUGCUUUAAUUUUCUCUCUGUAUCUCCUUUUUGUUUUGUUUUUUCUUUGUAUGUACUGAUACAAAGUCUAGUCUUCUUCUUCUGCAUAUCAUUUCUGCUAACAAAUGCUGCACAGCAGUACAGUUGUAUUAUUAUGAAAAGAGUUUCAUAUUCAUUUGAACAAAGUCUGAUUUAUUAUGGAGCCAUACCACAUUAAAUGUGGUACCAUCUUAAAUUGUGAAUUAUCUGUCCAUAAGCUCAGAUUUGGAAAUGUUACAUUCUACAUCUUUUCUGUUAUUUGUUGGUACCAAGGCCUAUGUUUCAUUCAGUAUUGUGCCGAACCGUUUAGACCUGAAUUGAAAUUUUGAACUGGAAGAGGAUAGCAGUGUGCAUACUGAGUGUUUUAGCGUUCUAGCUAGUAAACAAACAGAGGUGUGAGGAAAGUAACUGGAACGUUUAGGCGAACACCUAUGGCCUUCUUGUUGUGCUUUUGCAGUCAGUACACAGAUUUCCAAUAAUGGCCUUAAUAAAAGAUUAAGCUUAGAAAGCUGUGGAUGAGUCUGCUGGUCCUCAUUACCCCAAAGUGGAAUAUUCCACUUGUCCUGACUUGAAUUUUUAAGCUCUCCAACCCGAGCCAUUUCCACACUGACUUCUACUGACUUUUGAGCCCAAACCUUCUCAUUGCUUCACUCCGCUGUACGCUCGACCAAAGAUAACCUUCUAGAUAUAGCUGUCUCUCAUUUAUUUGCUUUCACAGAUAGAGCUAUAGUGCCAUCAAUUUGGCAAUUUACAACAUUCAAGGACAAAAGGCAAAAGUAAGUCAACAGUGUUUUCCAGAUAAUACUAAGGGAGAUUUCUACAGCGUUUAUAACAACUCUCAGCGCUGCGACAAAACUCAGUAUUAUGUAUUGACACAGCAAUACAUUGUGUAAAGAGAAUUUUUGUAAAGCUUUUGUAUUCAAACACAUUUAUGUAACAUGUUCAGUGAUAUAUGUUCAUUAUCGGGACUUUGUAUAGUAUUAAUUCUUUUGGUUCUUCCUCGUUUCUAAUCUCACCCAAGUUUUUCUUUCUAUUUUCUUUCUUCCCUCUCCAGAGAUUAAUGUUGUUCUGAGUGUCGUUCCACAGUUGUGACGUUAAAACAGUGUGUGUAUAUGAUGUGUAAGUUCAGUGGCAGUGACUGAGAAGGCUUGUGUGUCUUUUCUCUAUAGGGAUGAGAUUUUGAGAGUAAUGACCGCAAGUUUCCUAAGAAGCCACUGCACUGUUUUAUCCGAUGUGGAGUGCUAUAGGAAGGCUGAGUGUCUGAGUGUAGUUUAAAGGGGGAUUGCCUUUGUGCCAUACUGGCACUAGAGAAUUGAACCUUAUUUUUUUUUACAUUUUUUUUUUUUUGGUCCCUUAGAUGAAUGACGCCCUCCUUCAGGAUGAUACUCUAGUGCCAUUACAUCAUUGUUUACUGAGUUUUAGGAAUUUACUAAAACGGUGUAGCAGAGUCAGUGUUUUCCAUCACCUGCAUUUCAGUUCACCUUCCCCAUGUGAUGAAGGAUGGUUUUGAUCAUUUCAUGAUAUUUGCUGCUGAAAAAGACAAUCCCCACCUUAUGUUAGGCGCAAUGUGUAUUUGAAAAUAAUAUCCAAUUUUAGUUUUGAAAAUUUACACUGCACAAAUGUUUCUGCAAUACCUUUUUGUAAAAUUUUUAGUGUCCUUUGCAAAAAAUAAAGUUGCAUUUACUGCAAAA